AUGUCGUCAACCGCCGUGGUAGGGGACGACGACGUCCUGGAGCCUACCCUACAAUGUCUGUUAGACCAUAAGACCCUUCGAUGGAUAUUUGUCGGUGGAAAGGGCGGAGUCGGCAAAACUACCACUUCAUGCUCGCUGGCCAUACAACUCUCCAAAGUGCGGAAGUCUGUGCUUCUUAUAUCCACAGAUCCUGCUCAUAAUUUAAGUGAUGCUUUCGGCCAGAAAUUUGGCAAGGAAGCUAGACUUAUUGAUGGAUAUGAUAAUCUGAGCGCUAUGGAGAUUGACCCCAAUGGAAGCAUUCAGGAUUUAAUGGCUAGUGGGGGAGGUGACGGAAAUGACGAUGCUAUGGGCGGGUUUGGUCUAGGUGGAAUGAUGCAAGACCUGGCUUUUAGUAUACCUGGUGUUGAUGAAGCGAUGUCCUUUGCAGAGGUUUUGAAGCAAGUCAAAUCUUUAUCAUAUGAAGUUAUUGUCUUUGACACCGCUCCUACCGGCCAUACUCUUCGGUUCCUGCAGUUCCCAACUGUGUUAGAAAAGGCCCUUUCCAAACUAUCGCAGCUUUCUGGCCAAUUUGGCCCCAUGCUUAACUCGGUCCUCGGUGCUCGUGGCGGCCUACCAGGCGGGCAAAAUCUUGACGAUGUGCUAUCAAAAAUGGAAUCACUACGAGAAACUAUUGCGGAGGUUAACUCUCAGUUUAAGGAUGCUGAUAUGACCACUUUUGUCUGCGUGUGCAUUGCCGAGUUCUUGUCCUUGUAUGAGACUGAGCGCAUGAUACAGGAGCUGACGAGCUAUAACAUCGAUACCCAUUGCAUUGUUGUCAAUCAGCUUUUGUUUCCCGGAAAAGAUAAUGCGUGCCAACAAUGUGGCGCAAGACGAAAAAUGCAAAAAAAGUAUUUGAAUGAGAUUAAGGAGCUGUAUGAAGAUUUCAACGUUGUCAGAAUGCCACUGCUCGUUGAAGAGGUCCGUGGGAGAGAAAAGUUGGAAAAGAAAUUUACAGGAAAAGAAAAUUAUACAGGGCUCGUGGUAAUCGAAGAAGGUGUGAUAUCUCCGUUGAAAAAAGAGAGAGAACGACGCAAUAAUUAUAAACCGAACCAGGUGAAACGGGUAAUACGCCUUAUAUUUACAAUGGUUGAUUAUGAUGCAUUGCUCAAGGGGCCCUGGAUGGAGCUGGAGGAAAGGAUGGAAGCACAGGGUCACAUACAUAAAUAUAUCCGCCCUGCUCAGAAUAAGCUUGACCCAUCCACGCACAAUGUGAACCCUCAAACUGUGGAGAGGCAGCGAAUUGAUAAUUCCAUGAAACUACUCCGUAUAAUAGCCUUGUCUCCAUCUUAUCAAGAUCCGGCCGGUGGUCAUCUGCUAGAAAUACCCAAGUCAGGAACUUGCUUGGCUUUCGUCGUGAAUAUGGACAACGGUUGGCCCGCAAUGGAACAUAGGGUUGUGUCCCUAUCUAGUUUCUCUCACAAAUCCACUGCAACCGUGCCUUCUAAGCGAACUAGAACUCUCGGGUCCAUCCGGAGCCUCCUGAGAGACGGCUCAUGA